GCGUAGGCUUCCUUUCAUUUCCCUAAAGCCUGCUUAUCGUGCCACAGGAUGUCAACAAUCGGCCCCAGCCUUCCUGCGAUAGAACGCCAUCACUAGCUCCCUUGCGUAUUUCCCAAUCCUCUUCGGCUUCUUCUCCCAUGAUCUUUGCCCUUCCCCGUCUUGAUCCGGGGCUAGCUAGAGAUACUAGCCAGUCUCCAUGCUCGGAUGAUAUUUCUCAUACGUCUCGAGCUCGCAACGUUCUCGCCACUACUGAUAUCUCUCUCGAAAUACUUUCACGCAAUGAUAAUCAUCUGGCUUGCGACCUUGAGGACUCUCAAUCGGAUUACGCAUCCUCUCCGGAAUCCGUCUAUGCCCCAGGUAUACUUCGUAUACCAACAUUAUCCACCCUUGACACCGGACACUCACCUUCAAAGCCGGACGACAAUCAGGAAGUUGUUGAUAAAUGUUUUACUUCUUUCAAUGGCACAUGGCCUCGCCUCCGCGUCAGGACUCAUACUACUCUCCCCCCACCACUUGCAGAUGAAAAAAACUUAUCGACAUCGCAAGAGUCUUCUUUCCGGGUCGACGAAAAGCUUGACGGAGCGACUUUGAAGCGUCAGCUUUCCACUACUCUCGCGAAAGCCAUGAAGCAGCCAGUCAAGGCGUUACCUGCCCACAAACGCGCGGUGGGUAAGAAGCCUUCUCUAGCUUGCCUAUUUUGUCGGGGUAGGAAGAUUGCAUGUGGCCCGCCUCUUCCAGGAAGCACAGACAAAACUUGCAAGUAUGUUGUUUCUCCACGUCAGCUUUUCAUUACCGACGCUUGAUCGUCCGAACUCCGGGCUCCCUGGUCGUUGUUUCUUUCGUUUCAUUCAUAUCAUUGAAGAUGUAGGCUAACAUGAAUC